UAUGCUGCUUUGCAGAAUGGUUGGGAACGCAAAACGAGUGAUUGGGUGGAUGAUUUUCUGCGAGAUUCGAGUGAUGGAAAUGAAUAUGCACGUGCGAAUACGAUCGGUGAGAGCAGUAGUCUCUUUCCGGUGCUUUACGUCGGUGAAAGUGAAUAUGGCUUAUACGCAUUGCCAGCGUUCGUUGACGAGCGAACAAUUACAAUUGCACCAAAAUAUUUAGGACCACCGUUAUUAGAAGGUCCGAUGCCAAUUGCUGUUCAGAAUGAAAAUGCACCGAGAAAUGCACCCUCAUCUCGACCGAUUGUUCGUAUCAAUAUUGAAAUGCCCUCAAUAACUCAUCGAACGGUUGAGGGUGAAUUCCUGUUACUUGGUUAUCACGAACCUCCGGAUACAAUCAAAUUACAAUUACAUGUUCAUCAGCACUCAUCCAAAUUAGUCUCUGCCUUACCAUCAAUAACUUACGUACCUUCACCACAUCGCCCCGAAGCGUUGCAGAAUGCGGCUAUCAACAAUCGUAAACAGCUUAGUGAACGCGAUUGGACAUUGGAUAUCAUUAUCACACAACUCUGGCGACAUCAUCCAGCUGCAUUCGCAAGUAUUCUUAUCACAAUUGUGCUGUUGAUUUUAACGACAGUUUGGAUGUGUGGAAGACAGUCUGGUGUAGCAUCAUUCGUUGGUGAAGCGCGCUCAGCACAAACGUCGAAGCGUGGAACACGCUAUUGGCCUUUGUUGACGAACGACACACCUGAUGGCUGGAUGCAAGUUGGAAGUAUCUUUUAUGAUCCUCAAUCUAUUUUAGGCAGAGGAUGUGAAGGAACUAUUGUUUACAGAGGACGUUUUGAUGGACGCGAGGUGGCCGUGAAGCGUGUAAUGAUUGAUUUUGUACGGCUGGUUGAUCGAGAGGUGGAUUUGCUGCGGGAGAGUGAUGCGCAUUCGCACGUCAUUCGAUAUUUCUGCAUGGAAUCUGACAGUCUUUUUCGAUAUAUCGCGCUGGAACUUUGUGAUAGUUCAUUGUACGAAUAUGUUGAACGAGAGGCCAUCAAAGAAAGAUGUCCACUGAGUGCAAUGGACAUUCUACAACAAGCUACAGAUGGUGUUGCGUACUUGCAUAGUAUUAAUAUUGUUCAUCGUGAUAUAAAACCUCAAAAUGUACUGCUUUCAAUACCAAACCAGCAUGGUCAUAUGCGUGCACUCAUUUCGGAUUUUGGUUUAUGCAAGCGACUUCAGUCAGGUCGUAACUCAAUAUCACGUCGUUCUGGCUUAGCUGGUACAGAUGGCUGGAUCGCACCUGAAGCUCUUCUAUCGGAUGCUAGUACGACGUGUGCAGCGGAUGUGUUCUCAUUGGGUUGUGUUUAUUAUUAUGUGCUAACGAAUGGAAAACACCCUUUCGGUGAUAACUUAAGACGACAAGCAAAUAUAAUGCAAGGAGAAUAUAGCCUGAAAACACUUAAUGCAUCAAGUAAUGCGAUAGGUGUCACAUUAAUUGAAUCAAUGCUUCAAAGAGACGCUUAUGCUCGUCCUUCGGCUGCCGAACUUGUCUCGCAUCCAUUCUUCUGGUCAAAAGAACGUCAAUUACAGUUCUUUUCGGAUGUCAGUGAUCGAGUUGAGAAGGAAGCAGAACAAAGUUUGGUGGUGCGAUGUCUUGAGCGUGAUGCGCGAGCGAUAGUGACGAACAACUGGCGUCAGGUGAUAUCUAGUGAAUUAGCUGAAGAUCUACGAAAAUUCCGCACCUACAAAGGCAAUUCGGUUCGUGAUUUAUUACGUGCAAUGCGUAACAAGAAGCAUCACUACAGAGAAUUACCGAAAGAAGUUCGCGAAUCAUUGGGCCAUAUUCCAGAUGAGUUCGUCACCUAUUUCACCGAACGAUUCCCGAAUGUUCGUUCGUUUCAAGUUCGAAACUUUUGUGCAACCCUUUUCUCUAAAUACUUCUUCGAGAGAAAGCCAUUACUUUUGCACACGUAUAAAGCGAUGCGGGUAUGUGCAAAUGAGUGUAUUUUCAAUGGGUAUUAUUCCGAUGAUAUAAGACAAUACGCGUCAUCAAAACUGUCGAAUCAAAACGCGUCCUGUAGCGAAUGGACAGCAGCUUGA